GUAUGGCCCAAAGCUCCUCCUCAGCCAGCCUCUUCCUCCUGCAUGUCUUGUGGCUUACCUUACUACUGUUAUGGUGGUGGUGCUGCAGGUGGUGGUGGUGGUGCUGGUGUACAAAAGCCAUCUUGCUCCUGCUCUGUAUCCUGUCACCCUGUCCUUCCUUCCUCUCCCACCCAUCCCUACCUAAGCCUACCCUAUGUGGUGCUCACCAAACACAUAGCCAGUCUCUACCGAAAAAAGAUCAUCACCAAAAAGCUCCUGCGACACCUCGCUGGUGACUGGGAAGAUGUGGAGGCAGCUUCCAAAGUUUGCUUACGGAAGCAUCGCACCGAGUGUUCCAUCCACACUGGUGGAGAAUCCAGCUCUGAAUCUGAUGAUGAUACUCCUCAGUAUCACCAACAGUCAAAAAAUACUGAACCCUGUUCUGACUCAGAAUGCUCAAGUGAUUCCAGCACUGGGUAUUGGGUGGGUGGUGGACCUACUUGUGUGGAACAGAGCCAAGGAUUUAAUGUAUUCUCCCCACUCCCAUCAAGGAAAUUGUAUCUCCCACCUGCUCCAAAUCAAGCCUCAAGUAAUCUGCAAAAGUGGCGAUUUCAGGCCUCCCCUAUGCCAGGCUCACUUUCCACCUCAGAGGAAUCUGGAGCCUCCAGUGAAGGCAGUAAUCCGUAUGGCUACAUACGUUAUUUUAACUCUGACAAUCCCCCGCUACAAGAUGAGGAGGGCCCAUGUCGUCGUUUUACUUACACACAGCCCUCUCAGGAGCCCCCUGUCAUCACGCAGGGGGAAAAGAGCUCUUCUUGUAAUGACUUCUAUGAUAUGUCUGAAGACCCUUGGGCCACCCCAGGCCUUACAGCAUGGGGCCACCACCGACAAGAACAUCUCCAACAAGUAUCAGAAGACUCACGGAAUUAUGUUCCUAAAGAGUCUUGUAAAAAAGUGGCAGAGCUUCAAGUGCCCAAAAUUAUAGUUCGUGGUCACCCUAGCAGUAAUCUCCCUAGCUUAACUCUUUCCCAGUCAAAUCCCACUCUCACUCCCCAACAAAGUGAGGAAGAUCAAAGUUUCAUAAGGAUACCCCCAAGGGCAAAGACAGUUCACUCUUCUACUCUCACCAUUCCUGCUGUUCCAAUGUUGCUAGCUGGCCUUGCACACCCCCAAAGAGCAUCAGACUGUGUGAGUUCAGAGAGUUCUGCCAAUGUAUGCAACAAGACCAUAUAUGAGCCUUCUUCCUCUUCCUGUGAGUGCAUUGUUCCUGAGAAAAUGCCUUGGGUAGAUGAGAAAUCAGAAAAGCGGAUGUUUCCCUUCAAGACUAAGCCAGAUAUUGCUUAUUAUGUGUCUUCUUGCAGUGGAGAUGAAACUGGGGAGGAUGGUGCUGAUUAUUAUGAGAGUCAUCGUAGACCUGAGCCACUUGUUAUGGCAUUAUCACGCAGUGAACCCAAUCUCUGUCUUCCAAGCACACAAGAGCUUGAAGCUCAAAACAAGUCACCAAAGUACUCUAGCCACUAUGUACAGUUGGUCCUUCCAUUGGAGGGCCCUGCCACUAAGGUAUGCAACUGUGAGGCCCAUAGUCACCGCUCUUCCGAUUCUGGGUUGGCAGAUGUGAUACAUCACCUGGAGUGCUGCCCUCUCCGCACUGAUACCCCUGGGCUAGGCCGUGGCUCUGGCACUUCCCACUCUUCUCAUUCCUCCCAGCUAUCCUCUGCCAAGUUCCUUCAAGGUCCCUCGUGGUACCCUGCCCGAGCAUUCACCCCUGACAGCUUGUUGCCCACACCAGUAACCUCCCCCAACACAUCUGCUCCAGUGUCUUAUGCUGAGGAUUCCCUUACCUCCUUGUUAGACUCUGUUAGUUUGCAGCAAUCCAAAGCUGAGCAGGAGACAGGGGCAGAGGAAGGUGUAUAUCGCUCAGGGUUGUAUGCACACUGGUGGAUGAAGGCAAGUGUGUGUCCUCGUCUUUUGGUCCUUGAUCGCUCCAGAAAGGACUACCUCAGGUUUAGGGCAGAAAAGAAACCAGAUGUUCCCCCUAAACCUAGGUUCCUGAAACCUUCUUACCAUAUCCGGCGGGGAGGAAAUAAAGAUGGGAUGAUGAAACCAGUGGCUCGGUGUGCUGCCACGCAGACUAGUUCUUCACCUCCCUCUGAAGAUCAUCAGUGUGCUCACCCAAGGGUUGAAAAAACUUCUUUACAUCUUAGCCCACAAACCUCUCUCACCAUGUCACGUGACCGCAGCUUUGAGUCUCAAGUAUCUCAGGUUUCCCAAGUGACCGUAGUGCCCAGACUCAGGAGAGAGAGGGAGUCCCAGACAGGCUCAGGAGCACGACCAAGUGUGCAUACACUACAAGUAUUAGGUAAGAAUUCACAAGAAUCCAGUGGAACAGAUCUCUCAAGCCUCCACAGCUUCAGUGAAUGCUGUGAAGGAGCAGGACAGCAGCCUCACUUGAGAGAUUCUUGUGAGGGUCUAGAUGUGGACUUCCAGAGACGUGCAUCUUCACACUCCCUUCACACCACUGCUACUUCCAGUUCAGCUUCUUCUACACCAUACAAGUCCACAUUAUAUUGGCAUUUGCCUUCUACUCAUGGAGGGAGUGCCCAACAGGAAAAUUUAAUGUCUCCCCCCAUGGAAGGACUCCAAAACUACGGGAGGCCCACCAUUCCACCAAAACCCAUACAUCUUCAGUCCUGGCCCAUUCAGCGAUCAAGAAGCCUUCCAAGAUUGCCAGUACCUACCACCAUCUCUGUCCACACUCAAAGCAAGGAUCACGCCAGUUAGGUGCUACCCUUGGCUGCUGCUCUUGUUGUAUUUCCCUUCCUGAGGUGUUGCUGCUCCCUCACUUGUGGAGGUAGCCAUCCUGCCCAGCCUCCCUUCCCACACAGCAGUAUUCAUUAGAACACCCAUAGAGUGGUGUUGCGCAAUCAGAGCCAGGGUGUUCUCCUUC